AGACCUUUGGGUCCAAGCGUUGUCCACAUCCUCGCCGGGAUGGUGGAGGUUCUCGCUGGUAGGCUGGCUUGGGGGAGCAAGGGCACCAAGGAUCUGGACUGGCCCAGCGAGGUCCGCUUUGACAUUAGCCAAAUCGUCAAGCCAGACUUCAGGGGGGGGCAAUCUGGCAGGUCUGCCACUACUCGAGCAAGGACUGCGGCUUCGCCUUCGGGCCAUUGGCCUUGGACCAGACCCUGCGCUUCGCACACGAGCUGAAAGUUCGAUUGGAGAAGGACGGCUCGCGUGUCCUCUGCGAGUAUGACAACAACAAUCGGCGUAACAGCGCCGUGCUUCUGGGCGCCUACCUGGUGCUGUGCGAGAAUAUGUCCGCCGACGAGGUGGCCGCGAAGCUGUCGGACGUGGCCUCGCUCACGUUCCCGUGCUCGUGGGUGCAGGCGGAAGUGUAUCGCUCCAAGAGGGGCCAGCCGGUCAUGAGCGUUCACGACUGCUGGAGCGGCGUUCAGCUGGCAAGGGACCAGCGAUGGAUUGCGGUCGACGUGUUGGGGAAUGAGGCAAAGACAACCUCUGCAGCGUCCAACGCGUGGAAGCCCAUCAUGCAAUAUGACGGGGCCUGGGUCGUGCCAGGAAAAGUGUUCGUGAUGGCGGACCCCAUCACCGUCGUCAGGGACCCGAAUCCCAUCACAUGCGCCCAGUUUGCCCCUGGCGCGGAGAGCGUGCCAGCGGCGGCCCCCGACGUGGACCUCGUGAGCCAAGACCGGGAAGUCAUGAAGAAAUUCCUGACCACAGGGGAACUGGACCCAAAGUGGCCCAAGCCUGUCGAUUUCAUCACGUACCUGAAGAGCUGUGACGUCACGGCGGUGAUCCGGACGAACGGAAGCCAUGAACCUGGCCUAAAGUCAUUGGGAGGCAGCUACAAGCCGACUGAACUGGAAGCGCACGGCAUCCAGCACGCGGAUUGUUACCUCGACGACGUGCAGGGUGCCGUUCCGACCGCAGGCAUCCUCAAGCAUUUCCUGGACAGUGCGGCCAAGAUGGGUUUCUCCGAGGAGGAGAGGGCGCGGCGCCGGGCCGGGCCAUCGCCGUGCACUGCAAGAGCGGCUUCGGCCGCAGCAUCCUCUUCGCGUGCGUUGCCGCCCACCGUCAUCUACCUCUGGGACGUUCCUGGGCGCUCGCUGCUGGGAUGGGUGCGCAUCGCGCGCCCCGGGGCCGUGGUGACGCGCGAGCAGGAGCUGUUCCUCUGCUCCCUGUCUGGGAAGGAGGCCGUGCUCGAGAAGCUGGCGCCUGGGGCGUCGGCGCCCUGCGGCUGCUCCCUGCAGUGAUGGCGAUGGAGCGCCCUCUCCCCGAGCUGCCACUUCUGACGAGCUCUGCCGCGACGGUGGCCUCGGCGUCUCGCCGGUGUCCCUCGAGCGCUGGCUUGCGGUGGAGCCGGGCCGCGCAGCUGCGAGUUCCAGUUGUUGCGCUUGUGCAGCGCGUGUAGUCUUCUUUGCCCCUUUCUCUCUCUCUCUCUGUCUCGCUUUUUCUAUCUCUGGUUCGCAUGUGGCCCCCUAAUCCAUGAUCUCUUCCCUCGCCGGACGGCCCCGUCUGCCCGGUGCUCUUUUGGCGGCGCGCAGGUCUUCGAAGCUGGCACGUGUCGUGACAAGCUCCAGAGACCCUUCUUUUGCGCUUGAGCCGCGAUGGGCGUCGAGCGGCGGGGCUCACGUUCGCACGCGCAAUUUAAGUUUCGCCAGUGCCCGUUGUGCUGUAGGAGUGCUUCGUCUGAGCGCGUCAGGGCGCCCUUAAAAAUCUGA